UCUUCCGAACAUUGGGCGAUAGAUGCCGUGGAGGUGAUACCCAACGAAGAAGGCAAUCGCAUCACGCCGUCCUGCGUGGCCUUCACAGACACUGAUCUGCUGGUCGGUGACGCUGCUAAGAACCAGGAUGCAAUCAACCCAGAAAACACUAUAUUCAAUGUAAAGCGACUGAUCGGGCGUCGCUUUAACGACCCCGUGGUGAAAAACGAAUUGCAGCUAUGGCCCUCCACAGUUGUCAACGAGGACGACAAGCCUAAGAUCCAAGUCCGAUUCAAGGGGCAAGUCAAGAGAUACUACCCUGAAGAAAUAAGCUCCAUGGUGCUGUCCACAUUAAAGAACUCGGCAGAGGCGUACCUAGGCAAACCAGUACGUGACGCCGUAAUCACUGUGCCAGCGUACUUCAACGAUUCCCAGCGUCAGGCUACCAAAGACGCCGGCAAAAUUGCAGGCCUCAACGUGCGGCGAAUAAUCAACGAACCAACGGCCGGUGCGCUCGCGUUCGGUCUCGAUAAGACCGAAGAGGAAGAGCGAAAUGUGCUAAUGUUCGAUGUGGGUGGUGGAACUUUUGACGUCUCCAUUCUGAGUAUCGACUCAGGCAUUUUCGAGGUCCGUGCCGUGGAUGGGGAUUCGACUCUUGGCGGUGAAGAUUUCGACACACGUCUGGUGGAGUACUGCGUUGAGGAGUUCACUAGGAAGUACGGGCUGGAUCUGUCCAGUGACAGGAAGGCUCUGAGGAGACUAAGAUCGGCGUGUGAGCACGCCAAACGCAUGCUUUCGUCAGCUACGAAUGCCACCAUUGCUCUGGACGCACUGCAUGGCGGAAUAGACUUCCACACGGUCAUCACUCGCGCACGUUUCGAGGAGGUCAACCAGGACCUGUUCCAAAAGAUCCAGGACGUUCUGCCAAAAGUGCUGCGCGACGCGAAGAUGAGUAAAGAAGAUAUACAUGAGGUAGUGCUGAUUGGAGGGUCAACACGAAUCCCUUACAUUCAGCAGAUGGUGAAGGCGUUCUUCGGAAAAGAACCAAGCAAGACCGUAAACCCGGACGAGGCCGUCGCUUGCGGCGCAGCCAUUCAAGCUAUCUUGAUAGCUGAGAGAGAUCCUUCUGUGAUCGUUCCUGAGAUAGUCCUCGUUGAUGUGGCCCAUCUUUCGCUCGGCAUCAAGCAGUACGGAGACACCAUGAGUGUGAUCAUCAAACGAAACACGACCAUCCCCACAAAAAAAACCGAAAGGUAUAGCACCGCUGUUGACAAUCAAACUGUUAUCCCUAUCAGCGUCUAUGAAGGCGAGAAUCACAUAGUAUCUCAUAACAAUCUACUCGGAGAGUUUACUAUGUCGGGACUUCCACGAUUGCCGCGAGGCCAAGCUAAGGUGUACGUAACGUUUGAAAUCGACGCCGACGGAAUCCUUCACGUUUCGGCGGUGAAUGACAUCACAAAGAACAGCAAGCACGUAUCUAUCACCACCAACAAGGGGCGGUUGUCGCAAGAGCAGCUCUUGCGAUUGGUGCGAGAGGCUGAAAUCAGGAACCGAGGUAUGCAGGCCAGGACAGAGGCGGCCCAAGCGAGAAAUGAGCUGGAGGGCCUCUGCAUCCGCGUCAAGGAUAAGGCCGAGACGCUGCUAGCGUGGCUGGCUAAUACCGGCGACAAGGCACAGGCGAAACAUAUCGCCGACAAACGACUAGAGUUGGAAAUGGUCCUCCGAACGUCCUUGAAGAAAUAAAUCGCAGAAGGUUCAAUGGCGCCCAUUGGCGGGACGGACGGCGUGGUAAAUGAUCCUUCAGCAUGCAAGCGCACACUGGCGACAAUUACGCCGCGGUAUCCUUAGGCAUGCUGCAGCAUACUCACGCAUAGGCUGCCGGCUCAGUAACCCUAAAUUUACCUUAGGUCUUUGUCGCUACGACAAUUGAAUUAAUAUUAAUAUAAAUAAACUACAAUUACAGCUUUUUUUACAAUUUUUUAAGUUUGCCUUUUUAAGUCAGCCAAAAAUUCCAAAAUAAAUACUCACUAUUUUAUUGUCCUAAUCUAUAAAAUUAAUGACAAGGGUAAAAUCUCUCCAAUAAACAUUGGGUUGUACAAUUAUAGAUGGCCACGAAAAAUUUUGUACACUGUCUAAGCACGCAAGCUGUUUAUAUUACCUCUGUACAACCUAAAAGUUGCAU